GUAGGCAGUAGCAUCACCUUAUUGCUAGUGUAAUGGACGUCGAGUCAGUUUUUAGGUUUCGCGUAUUUUGUUUAUAUCUACGAUAAUCGGCGGCGCAAACUUUUGUAAUCAGUUUUAAAAGCUUUCCUACGGCACAAUAAUGUACAAUCCUAAGAUGGCGUUGUGCGAGAGCCAGUUGGACGUGAUUCCUGUUAAGCGCGAGUCGUCUCCCGGCUCGGAGAGCAGCAAGGAGAGCCCGGAUAAGAAGGCCAAGAUGGAACCCAAUGGAGAUCUGUUUGUGCCCGGCGGGCUGCCCCUGGCUGUGGACUACCGGUCCCCCGUCUCCCACUUCGUACCUCCUGAGCUGGCUGGCUAUGCGGCCAAACCUAAACCGGAGACCCCUGUCGUCACAACACCGGUGGCGGAAACGACCCCGGUGAAGCGUAAGCGCGGCAGGCCGAGGGUCGACAAGACGAGCCCCGAGUACCUGGCCAAUUUAGCCGCCAGGAAGCAGGCUAAGGAGAUGGCGGCCGUUAUGAACAAUCGCAACGAGAGCGGGGAGAAGCGUAAACGCGGCCGACCGAGAGUGGACAAAACCAGUCCGGAAUAUUUGGCCAGAAAACGCGCUAGAGAGCUGGAGGCCUUAGAGAGAAAGGCCAAAAGGGAAUACAAACGUCGAGGCGCUGGUGCUAAAGUACUGAAAUCAACGAAAGUACUCACGCGGUCGAAAAAGUUACCGCCAAAAAAGUCCCUCAAAAAAGUCCCGCAGCGCGUGGCGCGAAAGAUUGGCGACAAAAAGGUGGUUAUCCGAAGGAAUACGAAAUUGAUUAGGAGGAAAGAAUCGGCGGCGUCCUCGUCGGCCGGCGAGACCCCGAGGGUCAAGCGCAAGUAUACUAAGCGGGCCCCUGGAGCUAAUAAGGACUCGCCGCCAGCAGCCGAGCGGGUGAAAGGAAAACGGGGGCGCCCCCGAAAGGACGCCAACAACCACAAGCCACAGCAACCCAAGAUCCGUGUGAGGAGUAACCUGAUGCCUGACAACAACGAGCCGAUCACGCUGGACAGCGACGACGAACCGGACCUAGGGUCGCCGAGCCAAGCCUCAGAUUCUCUGAGCCUCGACGAGAAUCUCCGCGCACUCAGACACAUACACGAGAAAUACGCUAACAUAGAUAAGGAUGACUUGUACGAAGCACACUUGCUGGCGGCCAAGUUCAAGAAACCCGACGAGCGGGCGCAGGAUGACGACGUUCUCUCCGUGAGGAGCUCCGAAGGUCGGGCCUCAGUGAAGGACUCGGACCGAGUGGAGAAACUCGAAGACAGCUCGGGAUCUGACUCCGACAGCAGCAGUUCAGGCUCUGGCAGUUCGUCCAGCGGAUCCAGCUCUUCAUCCAGCUCGUCGUCCAGCUCUUCAGACAGUUCGGACAGCGAGUCGGAAUCUGAGAAGAGAACCGCCAACCCACUCCAGCCUGCCGAGGAUGACAGAUCGUUCGGCGCGUGGUCGUACUCGGGCUUGGUGUCGUCGGGCUCCGACUCCGACCCCGAGCGCGGCGCCGCCCUGCCCCUCCCGCCCCGCCACGACGAGAUCAGCGAGUCCGACAACGAGUCGCCCGACAAGAGCUUCCAGUGCCACAUCUGCAAGAAGUGGUACUCCACGAGGGUCACCUUGAAGAUUCACCGGCGUUCCCACCAGGCGCGCGGCGGCGGCGGCGGCGGCGGCUCGCGGCAGCGCACGCGCAGCUCCGACCGCUACGAGUGCGACUGCUGUGACAUGACCUUCAACCGCCGCGAGAAGCUGUGGGACCACAAAGCGAGCGCGCACCGCGGCGCGAUGACAGUCCGCUGUGAAGUGUGCCGCAAAUGCUUCGAGGAUGAUGCGGAACUAGCGCACCACGCCGCCACACACUCCGCCGACGACAGAGCCGGUCGAUGCACGGACUGCGGGUCGUCGUUCCAGCGCUACGAGCAGCUGGCGCGGCACCGGCUGUCGUGCGCGCGCGCCGACAGCGGCGGCGCGCACGCGUGCAACCAGUGCGGCAAGCGCUUCACGCAUGCGCACUCGCUCACCCGCCACGCGCACAACCAUGCGCGCCAACUGUAUAGAUGCGUCGUUUGCAAGGCGUCGUUCGCGCGCGCCGACCAGCUGGCGCAGCACCUGAACAGCCACCUCGCCAACUACAAGCGGCUGAAGCCUUAAGCCGGGAGUGCAACAUAUUCACACAAUAAUGGAUUAUUAUAUUAUAUUAAUAUAGAGUUUUAUUUACAA